AUGAUAAUAAUACCGUCCACUAGUCGCAGCAUUCGAUUGGUGUAUUUACUAAUUGCCGCCGGUAGUAAUAGCGUGGAUACACAAGAAGUCUGGAGGCUCGGGCUCUUUCUUAACCCUCAAUGCGCUCCUGGUGGAAAUUUCGACUUGUACGCCUGGGAACUCUAUUUGCCUGUUGGGUCGGCGGGUAGCCCAACAACUAUUUUCACAUCAGCCCUUGAAAUUUGCUCUGGAUACAGUAAUCCUGGUUGCUUCUUCACGGAGGCCGGAGAUGGUGCUAUGGUCAUGAAGGUCCCUGGGUCACCUUCUUCCUCUGGAUGCGUGACAACCCCAAACACCAAAUACUGUAGGACAGAGCUUCGAGAGGAGAAUCCGUCUAGCAGGGAUCCAAAAGCCGCAACAAACCGACUGAGCGCUACGGUCUCUGUGCCUAAGCCUGAUAAUAGCAACCAUGGCACAGUCAUUGGCCAGAUCCACAUGGCUUCGAGUGUAUCAAGCUAUCCGGUGGUAAAGCUGUACUACAACUUGAACGGCGACCUCACAAUGGGAGUGCACAAAUCCGGAUUAGGCGGCACUGAAGAUUACACAUCACUUGGAACUAUUUCGGUGGGCCAGAAGUUCAGCUACGAAAUUCAAUAUGGAAAAGUUAGCCUAUCCGUCAGCAUCAACGGUCGCGCUACGGAAGAUGUUAGUUUGGGGAAUUUGGACUCUCCCUGGAGUUAUUUCAAGACCGAAAACCACAACCAAGGAGAUUCUCCUUCAGAAGUCCAUUUCUUCGAAGUUGCUGUGCAGCAUUGA